CCAACAGUAUUGCAGGUAGCUCAAUGGCGGCGACGCGAGCGUGCUUGCUCGCGCUCGUGGUGGCUCUUACGUUUGUCUUCAUGGAGGGCCGGAUGACGGCAGCGCCGUCGUCUGCCGGGAGUUUGGUGCAGCGGCGGCGGGAGGUGCGAAGCCUCCUCAGGCGGCUCAAUAAGCCUCCUGUCGCAAGCAUUCAGAGCUCGGAUGGUGAUGUCAUAGACUGUGUGCACAUCUCCAAACAGCCUGCAUUCGAUCAUCCUCUCCUCAAGAACCAUAAUAUUCAGAUGCGACCUUCUUACAACCCAAGAGGCAUGCAUCAUGACUCCAACAUCACAGCCCAUGCAAUCACCCAAAUAUGGCAUCAAAAUGGCACGUGCCCUGAGAACACCAUACCAAUCCGAAGGACCAAGGAGGAGGAUGUCCUGAGGGCCAAUUCUAUUAGGAGGUUUGGCAAGAAGAUGCCUAGGAGCAUCCCACACCUCAAUCCAACCAAUGACACUGACACACCCAAUGUAUUGAGGGGCCACCAGCAUGCCGUCGCCUCUGCACAAUACGAUAAGUGCUAUGGAACCAAAAGCACCUUCAAUUUGUGGAAACCAUGGAUUGCUAGGGGCAACGACUUUAGCUUAACCCAAUUUUGGAUCACUGGGGGUUCCUACAAUGGCAACAGCCUCAAUACCAUUGAAGUGGGAUGGCAGGUUUAUCCAAAUCUAUAUAGCGAUAGCAAUACGAGACUCUUCAUCUACUGGACUCGCGAUGCAUAUCAAACAACAGGAUGUUACAACCUACUAUGCUCAGGCUUUAUCCAAACAAGCAAUCAGAUCACAAUUGGCGGCAGUAUCUCCCCAAUUUCCACCUAUGGUGGCACACAAUAUGACAUCGAUAUUUUAGUUUGGAAGGACCGAGCGGGGGGCAAUUGGUGGCUGCAAGUGGGAGGUGAUUAUGUGGGGUAUUGGCCAUCAUCCAUCUUCUCCUACUUGGAAGAUAGUGCUUCUACCAUCAUGUGGGGCGGUGAGGUAUUUUCACCCGAUGCCGGCCAAACUUCCACACAUAUGGGUAGUGGACACUUCCCGAAUGAAGGGUUCGGUAAGGCGAGUCACAUCAAGAACAUUCAAGUGGUAGAUUCGUCCAACUGUCUCAAUCCCCCAAGUAAUGUGGGCUUGAUAACCGAGCAGAACAACUGUUAUAAUGUGCAAAGUGACACCUAUGGCGACUGGGGCACUUACAUCUACUAUGGUGGCCCUGGCAGUAACCAUAAUUGCCCAUGACGGGUUCCAGUUUAGUAAUAUAAUGCUUAUUGCAUUACUUGUGGCCCAAUAUGCAUUGCUAGGGUCAGUACUACUGCAAAAAUAUGUGUUUUCAAUUAUGUUGUAAUGCUCACCUGUUGUGUGUAUGGCCGCAUUAAUAAGAGGCGUGAUCAAGCAUUAUAAGCUCACAACAUAUGUAUUCAUAUUUCACCGCAUGAUUGGAAAUAUAUGGA